AUGCGCACUAAGGAGCAUCUUUAAAAUAGCAGUAAUCUCGCUUUACAAAUUUACUCAUAUUUAGAGACUAGGAACAACACUUAGGGGACAGAAGAGAGCAUUGAUAGAAAUUAUCAUUCAAAUCAACAAGAAAACAUUCAACUCAAUGCUAACUUGGAUCUACAAUAAGAAGAAUCCAAAAAGGAUAUGAUUAACCCACUUGAUUAUGAAAAUGAAGAGGAUGCAGAGAGUGAGUGCAGAAUAAUGAUUUAGCAAAGCUCUGAUAAAUCUAUUGAUAAGAAAGCAUAAACUCAAGCUAAUCUCAAACCAAAGUCAUUGAUUAACUCACCCAAAAAUCAAGCAAAAUCAUAGCAUGAUGAUUUAAGAGAAAAAUAGACAAACUUAGACUAAUCUCACUCAGCCAUAUCAAUCAAGAUUCAAAGGCCUUCUGAUUAUGAUCCAAGUUUUCUUAACCCUGUUCCUGACUAUCUUCGAGCCUCUUCAUAGAAACUUUAAGAGAUGCCAUUAUAAGAAAGCGAACUUAUUUACAGAUCAAAUAGCACAGCUCACAAUAACUUCGGUAGCUAGAAUCAAGAUCCAAAUUGCUCUUUAAAUGAAUCUAGUCAUACAAUUUAGAACUUAAAGCUUUUGAAAUCUGAAGAUACUGAAAAACUUCUUAAAAUGGACAAAAUUGAUAUCAUUAAGUAUUAUGAAGGUUUACUUGAUAAAUGCCAUGAAAGAGAGAAAGAUGCUCUACAACAGUAGUAUGCGGCUAAAGAGACUUUGCUAAAACAGUAUCAGUCUGCAUUUGAGGAUUUAAAAUGCAAGAACUAUCAACUUGAGAAUGUGGCAUUCACUUAUCAUAUGACUGUACAAAGAUUAAAAGAAAAGGAACUGACACUGUCUCAAAGAAAUGAAGAUUUGCAUGAGUAAAGUAUUAGAGUUGAAGCAGCUCUAAGGGCAAAGCAUGAGGAAGCCUACUAAAUAUAAAGAGAGAAGGAUUCUCUGACAUAUGAUCUAAGAAGGCAAUAGGAGAUUGAAGAUUAAUUAAGAAUGGAACUAGAUUAGAUGCAAGUAAUGAGAGAUGUUGCUGAGAAAGAUGUUGAUGACAUGAAGAAAAAGCUAAGCAAACUAGAUAUUGAUAUGAUGAGACUUUAAGGUGAAAAUUAGAGACUGAAAAGAGAUUCAUCAACUUAUAGAUCAAAUAAUAGAUCUACUAAUCUAAAUGCCUCCACUCAUUAAACAAUUGUGCGGUUUGAUCAGGAAGAGGAUGAUGACACUAUAGUUUAUGAGAGUAUAAAUAAUAAGAUUGAUCAGGGAGUGUCUUGGGUGAGUCAACCUAAAUCAACUUAGGUAUUCAAUAACUCUAGCUUUAGGAAGAGUCUCCCUGAGCCAUCUAUAAAUAUGGGUUAUGAACACAGUUUUUCAACAAAGCCUAAUGUCAAGCAAUCCUACUAAGAAGAUUUCUACUAGAAAAUUAAAAGAAGAGAUAUUUCAAAUGAACAUAAUCCCUUCUAAAGACCUCAAACGAAUAGUUCUUUCAGCCCAGUAAGAGUUAACAACAAUGAGGACUACGAGUAAAAAUCUCAAAAUACUAGAAAAGGAGCUGCCAACAAUACUAUUGAUCAUAGUAGCUACAAUAAAAUAGACGAAUCAACAUACAUGAAAAACAAAAGGAAGCAGGAGUCUAGCUAGUUGCAAGGGGUAUUCAACUGGGGUAGCAAUGAUUAGUCAUCAUUUAAUCUCAGAAAUGUUGCUGAGGACUAUAGAAAGUCAUAUUAACCUACAUCUGCCACUACUCAAGGAAAUAAAUCAAACUAUCAAAACUCUCCAUACAAAUAAACAUUUGGUGAUUAAGAUGUGAAUGAUUUCUCAGAUUAGCAAGGAAUCUAUUCUACUCCUUAGAAGUCCAAUCGUAGAGGAAAGUCUUGCUCCUAUAUGGGCAUUGGGGAAAGAGAUAACGAAGACUUUUCAUCUGCUACUAAAGGCUCAAAGGGAUAAGAUAGAAGUGCUGUUGUUAAUGAAUUCAAAAAGAAUGGCAGUAAUCAGCAAACUCUCUAGGUAAUGAGCUAGAAACUCAAUCAAGAAUUAACUUAACUUCAACUUGAAAAGCAGAGACUUGAAGGAGAAUAUGGCAAGGUAAGAGGAUCAUCUACCUCUGCCAGAAAUAACAUGAAAUAUAAGAAAGAGAUUCUAGAAAAUGAGAUUGAUCAAGUCGAUUCAAGAAUAAGUAAGAUAAGACUAAAUAUUAGAGAUCUUAAAAGUCAAGGUUUAAUUAUUUGA